GGCGGUUGCGCAAGCAGGUAUUCGGAAAUAACCACCCGUGUGGGUCGCGGUUAUGAAUUGAUAGCAAACACAUGGUGGACACGCUGCGGUUCCGCGCGUCCGCCCGCCCGCCCGACCAGUGCUCGAGUCGCGCCAAGUCUCGCCGCCGGUUUCCCCUCGACUUCCUCGCGGCGCGAUCGCUCCCACGAGCGAGGUUCUUCGCCUCGCCAUUGACGGAUCGGGACUGUCAAUGGCUUUAAUCGUCCCCCGUGCGCCGUGCCGCGUAAACAACAAGUCGUGACUUUGGUGGCGCGAGGCGGCCGCUCGGCGUUUCAGCGAGCGAGCGAGCGUCAUCGAAAAGUGUGCCUCUCGAUUCUCGUGGUCUAUCAGUGACGUUCUCCUCUCGAUUCCUCGAUUCGGCAGAGAUCCUCUUCUUGUCCACCGACGGAUAUCUGCAUUAUGAUGGGAUAAACAGUGGAGGCUGCUGAUCGCGAAAGUCCGGUCGACGAUGAACUCGUCUUGUGACGGAUCGACGUGUGAUCACCGAUCGUGCGUGAUCGAGUUUAGCGUUACGCACGUGGAAUCGCGGUCGGAUUCCGCAAAUCGAGUCUACUCGAUCAUCUUCGACGAUGCUGCGUUGCUAACAGUCGUGACCUGAGAGACCACACUGAGAUAGUAGAGAAGAGUACGGGGAUAGGCGGAUUCUCUCUCUCUCUCUCGAUAGUGAAAUACGUGAGGGACGUGCGAGAAACCGAAUGAAUGACACUGAUAAUCCUGGACUACGUGCAUGUGCAGUGAUUACGCAAGAUCGGCACUCAUGUACGUUGAUUACGGCGGCGACGCUUAUGCCGGAAUGGGAAUCAAGGCCAUGAAGUCCUUUGGCAGGCCCAGAGAUAUACCGGCGCAAGUGCCGCCGUUAACACCUGGGACCAAUAAGAAGAUGACCGAGGCUCUGGAGGCCUCCUUCGCGUCUUGGGAAAAAGAACGACUUCGCCUGAACAUAACUAAAGACCCGAGGCAAUGGUCGGAAGCAGCUGUCGCUCACUGGUUGCACUGGGCUAUCGGGGAAUUCUCGCUGGAGGGUGUGGCGAUGCAGCCGUGGCAGCACAUGACCGGGAAACAGAUUUGUGCCAUGGGGAAGGAAUCCUUUCUAGCACGUGCCCCGGCCUUCAUGGGCGACAUCCUGUGGGAGCACCUCGAGAUCCUGCAGAAAGAUGUCGACGCAGCGAAGGCCUCUCUGGAGAACGUGCCAGCGAACUUGUACGAAAGCGUAUGCGUGCCAGAUUUAGGUGAUUUUUUGGGAUACCAGGGUGGCGGCCAUCAGGUGGCAACGCCAGAACACAAAAACCCAUCGACGCCCGCCAGUUCUGCCACCUCCAACUCCUCCGGUCCUCCUCAGAGCGGUACACAACAGCAACCCCCGAUACAACCCUCCUCGGGCGCGGUGUCCCUGCCGUCGAGACAAUAUCAUAACGACGGCGGUUACAAUCACCUACGCAGUCCCGUGUGCCAAGACGAAAGUCAAAGAGACGAAACGUCACCACCACCCCACAGCCAUAGCACCCAACCACCGACCCCUCAUUCUAGUACUCCUAACAGUAAUAACAACAAUAAUAACAACAACAAUGCCAACAACGCGUACAUUCAUCUACGAAAUUUGAAUCAGCUCAAAACGGAAUCGAACUACAGCAAUCAUCAGAUAGCGGACCAUCUCCAAGGUGGCAGCGGCAGCCUUGGCAGCGGGGGCGAUCUUGGCGGCACCGGAAGCAGCGAGAGCGAUUUGAGAGUCAGCGCAACUGCGACGGAGAGUUACAUGACGCCGGCACAUUAUUCGGGGUACGACGAGGCCUCCGAGUACCACAGCCUGCCGCAAGAUCAUCAGACGCCGCAUUCAUACAAUCUGGACAGUUCACCGGAAUUCUACGGCGGUAGUGGGAUCCAUAUCGAGCCUAAAUAUCAGCCGUCACCGUUUAAGAACUAUCCUCGAGUAGGACGCUACCACGAGGGUUACAGCGAGAGCGGCGGAUACGGGCAGUACGACGCAACGUUUCAAACGGUUCCUGGAAGCGGGAGUGGUGCUGGAAGCGGCGGCGUCGGUGGUGAUCAGUGGAGUGUCGGACUCGCUGAUCAUCUGCCUCAUCAUCCCGCGUUUCUCGCGAGUCUCGGGCCACGAGACUCGUCCAAUCCCCAUCAUCCCACGUCUAUCGCCAAUAAUGCGGACCAAAAGCCCUUACUGCAAAGUCCUAUGCUCGCCGGUUACGCAGGUGGCGGACCAUGUUUCACUGGAUCGGGCCCGAUUCAACUAUGGCAAUUUUUGCUGGAACUCUUAACUGACAAAUCGUGUCAGGGCUUUAUCUCGUGGACCGGCGACGGCUGGGAAUUCAAGCUGACCGAUCCGGACGAGGUUGCACGUCGUUGGGGUAUUCGUAAGAAUAAACCAAAAAUGAAUUACGAGAAGUUGAGCCGAGGUUUGCGCUACUACUACGACAAGAACAUCAUACAUAAAACUGCUGGCAAACGAUAUGUGUAUCGUUUUGUGUGCGACUUACAAAGUCUACUAGGAUACAGUCCUGAGGAGUUGCAUGCAAUGGUAGACUUGAAACCCGAGAAGAAGGAAGAAGACUGAGCUUGCGUUAACGAACGUGCUUUAGGAUUGUGUCACAUUGAUAAAUGAAACGUAAUGAUACAAAUGCUUCGCAUUGAAGUGCAAGAACGAUAAGGAGGAUAACGGGAAGGCAAAGUAUCCGUACGAUGAAAUCACUAUGAAAUCACUCUAUUCAGAUGCAGAAGACUGUGAUAAUGUGUCUUCUUUAUUCAGAUAUAAACAAAAUCGAAUCGGUCGUAUGUACCAAAGACAGGGUCUGCAUACCAUUGGUGCCUAAAGUUAAAUAAAUCGCGAAUUUGUUUCUAAGUGAUUGAUUUGUCACAGCAGAUUUUAGAAGAUAUAUAGGAAUAACUCGUCAAUUUAUACAUAUAUAAAUAUAUAUAUAUAUAUAUAUUUUUAAUGUUACAUGAUUUUUCAAUACUACUAGCGUCAAGAUACUUGGUGAUGCCGCUAAAUUAUUUAUGUCCCAUCAUUUUAACAUGUGUGUUAUAUCUCGUUGAUACAAUGAUAGAUGACUCGAUAUGUGAUUGUUAUUAUCAUAAUUUUACUACAAUAAAACUUAUUAUACAAUAUAUAUACGAUUGUGGCGAGCUUCUCCAUUCGACGUUUUUCAUGCUUUCUUUUCUACAUAUAGAUUAAUCUAGAUUGUAAAUCUAAAGUACUUUUUUUCUUUUCCAAGCUCGCACCUCCAAAACAAGAAGAAAACACAUCCAUUUUCUUUUUAUAUUAUUUCUUAAUUAUUAAAUGUAUCUGGUAUGUGCUCGGAAUAUAUUAAAUAUACAUUUAAUGUUCCCAAUUGCGCAAUAAGGAGAGCUGUUACAGAUGUAAUCUGAAUUGAAAAAAAGUGGUACCGAUGAAAAGAGUAUGCUGUUAAUUUAUGUGAUUUUUCAGAUAAAUAACAUUCGUUGGAUUCGGACGUUUACUAAACCUAGGAGAGAUAAAACUCUCACUAAAAAAAUUGUAUACUCAUCGUGUUAAAAACAUUGCAAAAGAGUAUUUAUCAGACAGAAAAGAGAAGGACCAACCAGCGUUCCACUAAUAAACUGUUUAUAAACAAAUUCAUGAAGAAAUUCAAAUAAUACAGGCUUUUUUGAAGUGCAUAUAUUUUUCAACGUAAUUGAAAAUGUUCCAAAAUAUAUUUAUUUGUUAUGUUAAACAUCUUGAAACGUUUGUUAUUGUCCUUCUUCUCUUUUCUCGAUGGACUCGUGGAACGCUAGGUAACGCAAUUGCAUCAAAUUUACAGCGAUAUACAUAUACAUACAUGUAUAUGUAUAACUGCAACUAUUUUAAAUACAUAAUUUGGUAUGCAGUAAAUGACCAAUGUUUUUAUUGGAGAAAUUGUUAUUGAGUGUAAAUGUGAGGCGUAGGUAUAAUAAUGGCACAACAACAAUUAAAAAGCUGAAGUAUAUUACACUUCGUGUUUUCCACAUAUCUUAUAUGUAGAAAUACGCAUCAUACACGUACACACAUAUGUAUGACUUAAACUACUCUCGCAUUCGUUGUGUCCGUUAAGUUUUCUCGUACCGUGCAUCAAAAUGAUUUUGGUGCUACGACAGGACAGUAAGAAGUAGUACCGUAGUAGCCUGCAGACGUGUACAAUUAACAGUAUACUAAUUUCAGAAAUCGUCCGCGAAUUUAUUACAUUGAGGAGGAUUGAUUGUUGAGGAGAUAAAAUCGGUAGUAAAACUGUAUUAAAGUCUCUUGUUAAAGCUACAAAAAUUCUUUUAGCGCGCUAAUCGUUAUAUGCUUAAAGUUUUUUCCUAGUUGUGUCGACCGGACGUCAAAUAAAUUAUAUUAAAUACUCUUAGUCCUCGAAUACGGCGAAGGAACGCGAUAUGUAUAAAGCUAUUUGAAUAUUAAUAUUAAGUUAACGCGGUCUUGGCACUUGUUACUAAAAGAGAGCCAUACUUUCCCAGGAUUAUAUAUUAUAUAUAUAGCAUUUCGAGAGAGAGAGCGAGAGAGCGCGCGCGAGUGAAAGAAAGAGAGAGAGAAAGAAAGAAAGAGUGGGAGAGAAAGAGAGAUACGAAUGCAGAAACUUUUUAGUAGAUGCAAUAAAAAAACAGAAUAAAGAGAUUUUUAUAAAUAUA